GAGAUGAAGGUCAUUUGUGAAUGGCUCAUAAAUGACCUUAAGGCCAAGUCUAUCAUCACCCAUUGCCUUUCUACCUCCAUCCAACAGCUUAUUUCAACCAGUCAUAAGGUGGCUGCUUGUGAUGCCUGGAAGAUCCUAGAGGACCACUUUGACUGGGUGGACAUGGGGUUACAACAUGUCAUCUGUCAAAGCAUAUAUGUGCUGCAGAUGAAGGAUGCCACUGAUGCCUCAAACUAUGUGGGGCAACACUCUGUACUUCAUGAAUGGAUGCUUUGCAUGGGGGUGGUUUACACUGACACUGAAGCAGUGUUUCAACUUCUAUGUGGUUUACCUCAUACUGGGAUAUGG